GCCAGUGGACCUCACAGCUCUCUCUAUAAUAGUGUUUCGUCAGUUUCUACUUCCAUUUGGUGGCUCAAGCUUAUGAAGAGAAAAUGGGUGUAAAAACCCAAAGCUGUGUCCUAUUUUUGUGGAUGUAUACUCUGACCUUUGUGAAAAGUCAAGAAUGUACACUUGAACAGUUUGUAACUGGCCCCAUGUUUGAUUCGAAUUAUGACAUAACCAAUCUGGCGGCCACUUACCCUGCUGGAGAACAAGUGAGAGUGGGAUGCAACGUUGGCUACAGUGGCUUUUUCAAACUCAUGUGUGUCCAAGGAAAUUGGGAGUCAAAAGGCAAAGCAUGUGAACUAAGAUCAUGUGGCCACCCUGGUGAAGCCGACUCUGCAGAUUUUCAUCUGGAAAAGGGAGAGGAUUUUGUCUUUGGGUCACAAGUUGUGUACACCUGCCAGAAAGGUUAUCAAAUGGUCAGUCGCUCAAACAUCCGGCGUUGCUUGGCUGCAGGCUGGGAUGGUGUGGUUCCUGUCUGUGAAGCCCGACAGUGCCCACCGAUCGAUGUGGACGACAAUGUCCAGGUGGUUGGAAACCCGGAAGAAGCAGCCUACGGCAAUGUCCUUCGAUUCAGCUGCAAAUCCAGAGACAAAAUCCUUUCCGGGUCACAAGAACUGUAUUGUGAUGAAAAUGGAGCGUGGAAUGGCAAAGCUCCUAUAUGCGAAGAGAUAACCUGUACAGUACCCAAUAUUCAAAAUGGCUUUGUGAAUGGGAAUGUAGAUAAGUAUAAAGAAAACGAGUAUCUGUCCUUCCGUUGUAAUCCUUCAUACAAAGCUGGUGAUGGAAAACCUUCAAAAUGCGUCAAAAGUGGAAUAAGAGCAAACUGGAGCCCCACACCUUUAUGUAAACCAAUAGUAUGUGAACUGCCACUGGGAUCACAGGAGGGAACACAGUAUGAACCUGUAUCCACCAACGUGUUUUCACCUGGCGAAACAGUGAGAGUCACUUGUGGAAACAAGUACUGGAUUGAUAACCGUCUGAUAAAAUCAGCAGAGAUUACAUGCAAAGAGAAUGGAGAGUGGAACCUCAGACCAGUAUGCCAAGAGGUUACAUGCAGCAAUCAAAAACCGCAACAUGUGGAUAACUGGGGUGUUCCAUGGCGUGGAAGAAUAACAUUGGAUGAGACUGCAAGAUAUAGCUGUGUGAAGGACUACAAGAAGCCAGUAGGUUUUGACUUGGCUACAUGCACCAGAGAGGGAUGGACACCAAAUCCUCUUUGUCAAGUGAAAGGCCGAUGUUCAGGAUCGGAUGUACUAAAUGGAAUUGUAGCUGGUCCAUACAAUGAUGUGUACUACACAGCUUGUAGAGAAGGUUAUAAACGUUUUACCAAAGGCUGGUGGGCAACAGCGGAAUGUAAAAACGGCAAGUGGUCUGGAUUGGAAGAUUGUAUUGCGAAUACAACGUGUGGAAAGUUGCCUGAGAUUUUUAAUGGAGGAGUCACCCAACGUCCUCGCCAUAAAAAGAAGUUCCAGAUUACUUGUAACACAGGAGACGGCGUACUAGUUAAAGACCUGACUUGUAGCGAGGGAGAAUGGCUUUCAAAUGGAUUACCCCCCCAAACAAUCUGUGCAUCAACUGCUAAAUCCUGCAACCCACCACCUAAAGUUGAGAACAGUAUUAUUAAGGCUUCCUAUCAGAGGGAAUACUUCUCUGAUUCAGAAGUAACAUAUCAGUGCCGUGACAAUUAUAUGAUGGAGGGUCAAGGUAAAAUGAUAUGCAAAGAUGGCCAAUGGAUGGAGAACAUCAUUACUUGCACACCAUACUGUGACAAGCUCAGGGACGAGUCAAUGACCUUCACUGCAGACAAAGAAAUAUAUUUGAAUGAGGAGUUCAUAAGGUAUCGCUGUGACAUAAAUAAUCUCGAAGGCAUUGCAACAUGCGUCAACACUAAGUGGAAUAAAACAAGAGAAUGUGAAGCUUUAGAUUCUCUGGAUUGUGGCAGCCCACCUUUUCUCACCAAUGGAGACACUACAGAAACUUCUCGGAGUGACUACAAACAUGAUGAAAAGGUUCAUUAUAGCUGUAAAGCUUAUCAUACCUUGGAGGGUGGGCCCUACAGAACCUGCAAGAAUGGAAAAUGGAUUGGAGAGAUGAAGUGUCUCAAACCCUGCACUGUUGAUGAAGAAGCCAUGCGCUCGCAUAAUAUCAGAUUCCGACAUAAACCGGAUGAUAAGCUGUAUUCAGUCCAUCUUGAAUGGAUUGGAUUCACCUGUACCAGUGGAACAUCUCAUGUUGGCACAAUUGGAAUGCGUCAGAUGUGUGUUGAUGGGGUGAUGCUGCUGCCCACUUGCCAGUGAAGGUUUCAGUUAAUCAGAAGAGAUACAAACGUGAGCUGGAUAGACAACCAGAGUAAAGAGAGGAACCAGAGAUGUUCCUUUCUGCUGUCUAUACUUCUGUGUAUUGUACAACAUGUAACUAAUGGAAUAUGGAUAGAUGGCACAGGAAUGAAUGUUUCCACUACUUCGUUAUUUAGUGGUGAUUUGUCUUGAUUUGUUAGCAUGUGUGCUCUGACUUAAGCGACAUUAAUAUUCUAAAUCCCAACAGAGUUUGGUGAAACUAUGUUUGUUACCUGUUUGAUAGUUUAUAGUUUCAGACUGCUCCAUAUUAAACCUAUCCAACAGAAA